UAUUUCUCUUUUUUGUUUUCCCAAGCAAUAAAAAUACAAAAGGUGGUUUACAUAAUGAAUAUUUUAAAUCACUAUUGUUGCCUGGCAACAACAACACAUGGCUACCAAAGAAUAUUUUAUGUACACUUAUGUUAAUAAGUGUAAAAAUUUAUUUCAAGUGCACUAAAGAAUGGGAUGUUCUAGUUCAAUACAAAAAAAGGAACCUGAUACAUCAACGAAAAGUGGCACAUAUAAAGCUGAUCAAGUACUCAACUCUUCAAUAAUAAUACAAAAGUGGUUUCGAAGAUAUAAAGCUCAUCUCGAAAUUCGAAGAAGGUGCGCCUGGAAAAUAUUUCAAGAGAUUGAAUACUCUGCUGAACAAGAUCAGAUUAACCUGUACAACUUCUUUAAUGAAAUUGUCACAAGCAUAAAUAACAAUGGAAGUUAUGGCAAAAAAUUUGCAGAUAUUCUUGAGAAGUCUGAUUCAACACCAACUGCUAACAUUACUAAUGCUGAAACUGAGGCAGUGAAGAACAUUAAUAGUACGAAAGUGGAGAAUUUUUAUAAAGGUCCUCAUGUCACAUUGCCACUAGAACUUCAAAAUGUUCACAAACUUCUAGAAUAUUUUAAAACUGGACAGGUGUUGCAUGCAAAAUAUGUCAAAUUAAUUUUGCAUGAAGCGAAAAUGAAGGCAAAAUUAUUACCAAAUGUUUUAUCAAUUGAUCUUAACAUAACAAAACAAAUAACUAUCGUAGGUGAUUUGCAUGGAAAACUGGAUGAUCUUUUCACAAUAUUCCAUAAGAAUGGACUCCCGUCCAAUGAAAAUCCAUAUAUCUUUAAUGGCGAUUUUGUUGAUCGAGGAAAAUUUUCAAUUGAGAUCCUUGUGAUUUUAUGUUGCUUUUAUCUCUUAUACCCCAGACAAGUUGUGUUAAAUCGUGGAAAUCAUGAAGAUUAUAUAAUGAAUUCAAGAUAUGGUUUUACAAAGGAAGUGGCGACUAAAUAUAAGCUCCAAGCUGGUAAAGUGAAAGAGUUUUGUCGCGAAUUUUUCGCCUGGUUGCCAUUAGCAACAAUUAUUGGUAAUAAAAUAUUAGUUGCUCAUGGUGGUUUAUCUGAUCGAACAGAUUUAGAACUGUUAAAAAGCAUUCCUAGAAACCAGUUUGUAUCUAUAUUAAAACCAACUCACAUAUCACUUGAAGAGACGGAACCACCACCCAUCGAAAUCUUACAAGAAUGGGAACAGGUGCUAGAUUUAUUAUGGAGCGAUCCCCAGCCAACAUGUGGCAAAGUGUUUAACAAACAUAGAGGUGGUGGUUGCUGCUUUGGUCCGGACGUGACUGAUAGUGUGUUACGUAAACACAAGUUAGAUUUACUAAUUAGAUCGCAUGAAUGCAAAUUUGAAGGGUAUGAAUAUGCACAUAAUAACAAGGUACUGACUGUAUUUUCAGCGUCAUCUUAUUAUGCUGAUGGUAGUAAUCUUGGUGCUUAUAUAAAGCUGGAUGUAAACCUCACACCAAGGAUUGUACAAUUUUCUGCCACAAAAGAAAACAAAAUAAACAGUUUCAAAGACAAAGUUGGAAUACAUGAAGAAUGUGCUAUGAAAGAGUUAAAAGAAAAGAUCCAUGCACAUAAAAGUCAAUUGGCAGACGUCUUCAAACAAAUGGACAUCAACAACACGGGCAAAUUAAGCGUUAGUCAAUGGGCUAACGGUUUGGAAAAAGUGUUACAUUUAAAACUACCAUGGACUAUACUUCGUGCUAAACUUGUGGAUGUUGAUAAGGAUGGAAAUGUUCUUUAUAUGUCAUCAUGGGAUGGAUACAAAGUGAACUCUGCUAUAAGUCAGAUGAGUUUGUUAUCUGAAACGAUAUACCGAAACAAGCAAGCUCUUGAAACUGUCUUCAGAAUUAUCGAUAAAGAUUGUUCAGGUUUUAUCUCCACUGAAGAGAUGGAAGAAGCAUGCCAUAUGUUAAAUAAACACACCAAUGGACUAAUUCCUGAAUCUGGUAUACAAGAUCUGGCAAAGACGCUAGAUAUCAAUAAAGAUGGCAAAAUUGAUUUUAACGAGUUUCUGGAAGCCUUUCGGUUAGUGACAACGUAAAUUUCUGACAGCGCUUUUAAUAUCUCCUUUGCGCUGUUUUAAGGGUGCAAUGGCGCAAGUUCAUUUUUUGCGAAAUAUAGUAAACAGGCUACUGAUAAAAUAUUCACUCUUUAAAAAAAUUUCAAUCUCUGUUAUAAUUCUUUUUGUCAUACUGCAAACACGCGUUAAUAAACUUACGUCAAGCAUAUCAAAAUUGUAGCAAAAAAAUCAUAAAGUGUAUACUUUGAAUUUCCUCUGUGUUAAACAACUGAAAUGAUUUAUUUCCUAAUAACGUUCUCGUACAAACAAACCUCUCUUUCCACUUGCUUAAAUGAAGCUCAAAUGCACUUGCGUUGCAUCUGUAUAACUUCCGUACAUCUUACACUUAGCGUGCACUGUUUGAUAAAGUCUAAUCGAGUAUAAUUUUAUCACAAGAGUUUGAAGGGCCCUUUAAUAAAAAUUGAGCAAGUAUUAAUGAAACAAAGGCCUAGGGCGCUAAUAGAGAAUUACCAGUAAAUGUUUUUAUUUUAUUUUACGUAUAUAUAUAUAUAUAUUAUCUGAUCUGUACGCCGCGCAACGUUUUGCUUUAAAGCCCUCAAUUAUUCAAAAUAUAUAUCGCAAUCGAUAUGUUAAAAAAUGUAAAACUUGCGUGUUUUGUAGCAUAGAAAAUUUCGCGUAUUUGUUUAAAGAAAACGCAGAAGUUGUUUAUUUUUACAAGGUUUGUACAUAUUUUAGUUUAUUUAUACGAAUGUGUAUAUUUAGAAGCGAUAAUAUAUACAUGAUUUAUAUUUGUAAAGUUAUAACGUCGAAUAAAAGAUUUAAAAUUA